CCACAUUCCUAAUUACAAAUGGACGAUUCGGACGAAGAGAGAGAAAACGCCAGGGUGCACCAGAACCAACCGUACGACGAAUCUCUCGAGGUUCCAGACGGUGAGGAAGUUGCCAGCACAUACUCCCCCACCCCACGAGUAGCACAAGGAGGGGCGCGUUUGGAGGUAUCAGGUCGAGGCAGAAUGCCAGGUCCUGGUCGAAGUCAAGGAUCCACGCCCCCUGAUGCCAGAAUGUCAGAUAACUCAGAUGACGAUUAUGAUGACAAAAUUAACCCAGCCGACCAACAGUAUGAAAAUCAAAUGAGAUUUCAACAGCAACAAAUGCAACAUAUGCAACAGCAACAACAGCCACCUUUUGGAGAUGAUGAUGACGACGACGAUGAUGAUGAUGAUGAUGAUGAUGAAGAUGGAGAUUCUAUUGAUGAAGGGCCGGCUCCGCCCCACCCCAUGGCCGGGUCACGUGCUCCACCCGGGGUGCCUAAGCUGGGGGGAGGAGGAGGGGACAUGAGGGGCCCACAACAGGGACAGCAAGGACAGUUCAACUCGGAGGAGGAGGAUGAUGAUGAUGAUUCUGGCUCUGAUGAUUCAGAAGAUGAUGACGACGAUGAUGAGGAUGAUGACCAUGUGGCUCUGGAGGGUGCUUAUGAUCCGGCAGAUUAUGAGAAUCUGCCAGUGACACCAGAAAUCAAGGAACUCUUCCAGUAUAUUACCAGGUACACCCCUCAGACCAUAGAGCUGGAGCAUAAAAUGAAGCCCUUCAUACCAGACUUCAUCCCCGCUGUGGGCGACAUUGACGCCUUCAUUAAGAUCAACCGGCCUGACCAGAAACCCAACACCCUGGGAUUAUCAGUGAUGGAUGAGCCAUGUGCCAAGCAGUCAGACCCUGUCGUCCUUGACCUGCAGCUCAGAGCUAUCUCUAAACAGACUACUGAUAAGAAAUUGGUCGUGAAGAGCCUCUCACAGGCAGAGAAGAACCCCAAACACAUAGAGAACUGGAUAGAGAGUAUCCGAGAACUACACAGGGUUAAACCCCCGCCCAAUGUGCAUUAUCUCAAAAACAUGCCAGACAUUGACACAUUGAUGCAGGAGUGGCCGCCAGAGUUUGAGGAACUUCUCAAAGAGGUUGGACUGCCAACAGCUGACCUAGACUGUGAUCUUGGGGAAUAUGUGGAACUCAUUUGUGCUAUGCUGGACAUCCCUAUCUACAAGAACACAAGCCAACACAACGAGAGAGUUCAAGCCCUUCAUGUACUUUUUACCCUCUUCUCCGAGUUCAAAAACUCACAGCAUUUCAAGUCAUUAGCGGAGGAGAACCAGCUAGACAAUGCAUUGAAGGGUGGGGAGUUUGAAGACCAGGGACCAGACAGAUUUGUGCUUUAGCCCACCCAAACAUGUCACCAUGUAGUGUCCAACUGUCCGUCCUUGUGAUUUAUUGACUAUUUGUUUUGUUUGUUAUGUUGAACUUGUAAGGAUCUGAACUUUUAGUGGUGUUUUUUUAAGUGUCACCAUGAAUAUUUAAACGGUGAAUAUUGAUUUGGAAUUUAUAUGUAAGAGAGCCAUUCAAAAAUACUGAGACACUGUACAUAUAACUUUAAUAGAGGUAAUAAUUAUAUUUAUACAUAUCACAGGAACUGUCACUACCUUUUCUGUUAAUGUACAAAAUUUCAUUAAAUUUAUUUUGCAUGAUUUAGUUAAAUUUUAAAACAGGUGGAGUAGAGCAAGACGGCGAAGCGAUAUGUCACAAUACAAAUUUUUGUUUUCAAAUGUGCAAAAACAUCAUCAUUCAGCUUUAAAAUUUGAUAUUUUCUUACCUAGAUUUUGGCUACUAGGUAAUACUGUCAGCAUUUUUGUAUAUCAUGCUGAGAUAACGUCUUCAUUUCAUGUUUUUAUAAUUAUCACAGUUUGUCAUUUGGCUGAUGUAAAAAAAGCAGUAAUUGUUUAGGACUACCCGGUACUUCAAAUUUUAAAAUUGAACAAACAUAUGUCUAGUUUCUGCACAUAUUUGUAAUUUUAUAGCACUGUUGAACAUACAACUUUAUUAUUUAUGUUCACACCAAAUAUUGUGAGAAAAUGACAAAUCUUGAUAGUUGUAUAGAAAUCUACUUAUUUUUUGAAUGGCCCUAGUAUUGUAACAUUAUACUUACUUUAUUCUAUUGAUAUUGAAAUGGUUUAGUCAGGUAACCUGCAUAUAUAAUUGACAAAAAUAUAGUUUAAUACAAGUAUAAUUCCAUUCCUACAAAAUUGACAUACAUUUCAAUUACGAGGUAUUUAUUUUAUUGAAUAAAUAUGAAAAAUU